AUGAUUAACCAAAAAAUCAAAUUACUAUUCAUUGGGGAAAAUAGUGUUGGCAAGACGAGUCUCAUUACCAAGUACAGAACUGGUGAAUUUCAUUGUGAAUAUAUCCCCAUUAUAACAGAAAUAUAUACUGUGACUGUGACUUACAACGAUAUUCAAUUUAACAUGGAAAUAUGGGAUAAAGGCGGACAAGAAGAAUACCGUUUAAUUCCAUCAAGCUAUCCAAAUACCACAUGUUUUGUCCCGUGUUUCUCAAUUGUUAAUUUGGACACUUUUAAAAGUCUUAAAACACUUUGGUUGCCAGAAAUCAAACGCUUAAAUCGAGACAUUCCAAUAUUGUUGGUUGGCCUUAAAAGUGAUUUGAGAGAAUCAAAUGAAAAAGAAGAACGUAAAUAUCCAAUAAGUAUUCAUCAAAAAAUAACAACAGAAGAAGGUCUUCAAAUGGCAAAAGAUAUAGGAGCAUGUGGAUAUGUCGAAUGUUCAUCCAUGAAUGAUAGUAACGUUAACUCAGUUUUUGAAAAGGCCAUACAAAUAAGUUAUGAGUAUCUUCAAACUCAAAUGAACACAAAAUAG